AUGAAUAAAAUUACACCUUAUCAAAAAGAUUUUAAAAAUAAUAUUAUGAAAUCUGCAAACAUUAUAAAUUUAGAAUUUGUUAUUAGAUAUAAAGAUAAAAAAUCAGAUACAGCCUUGUUAAAUAUGCUUAAACUACCAAUAAUCACAAUUGUAAACAAUUAA